GUGCGCGCUGUGCUCCGGGACAUUUGCUCGAAACUGGGAAAGUCGCCCAGUCCUUUAGGUCCAGAGAGCUUCACCUGACGAAACCGCGGCGAGACCUUUUCUACCAAGGUACCGCCGUGCUGUGUGGCGUGGAUUAGACACAGUCCUGCGUGUUUUGGGUUUCGUGGAUCUUUCAUGGGCGUUUUCUUUGUGGAUUUCAGUGUCGUAUCUUAGCUAGCUUUAGUUAGCUGCUUCCGGUAAAAGACCUCCUCCACACAGAAAAAAGCUGAAUGAAGACCUGGAGAUAACACUGUGGGCGAUAAUGGACUGUUACUCUGCUUUUACCCAUAGACUGUACAAAUUGUACUUAUUUUGAAGAGUUUUGCAGACUUUUUGUUAUUUGGACUGGAAAAAAUUAUGUCUACAAUAGAGACCAAAGCUGCAGGUAGCAGUGGCAGCAUGGGUCUGUCAUGGGCACGUGUGUGUAAAGAGUGUGGCCAGCAGCACGAGUGUCAGGACAGCCACCUGUACGAGUACCAGGACGAUGUGGAUGACGAGCUGGUGUGUCACAUCUGCCUCCAGCCGCUGCUGCGCCCCAUGGACACCCCUUGUGGGCACACGUACUGCUUCCACUGCCUCAGUAACUUUCUGAAGGAGCAGGACUUCUGCCCUGUGGACCGACAGAGACUGCAGCUGCAGCAGUGCCGUCCAUCCAGUUUGCUGGUGAGGAACCUGCUGGACAAGCUGAGUGUGGCCUGCCCACACUCCACAGAGUGUCAGGCCCAGAUGCAGCGCUGUGAGCUACAGCCCCACCUCCACAACAGAUGUCCAGUUUUUCGAAGAUUGCGAGAGGAAGCUGAAAAGAGGAAGCGUCCUUCGUGGAAUGAGUUAAAGGGGCGAAGGGGGGACGGAGACAUUUCUGGUGAUGCUAAACAGACCGCUUUACCACGGACAUCCAGUAGAGAUCAGCCAGACCCUGGACUUAUCAAUCCUGCUUAUGAGGAAUGUGAGGAAGACAACACUCCUCUGCGGUCGAGUUUGGUGGCAGAGGCCAAUGUAGUGGAUCUCCUCAGAGAAGAGCCUGAGGAGGAACUGGGGCUUCGUAUCGUGGGUGGUAAAGACACUCCAUUAGGAAACAUUGUGAUCCAGGAGAUUAUUCGAGACUCUAUAGCAGCUCGUGAUGGCAGACUGGCCCCGGGAGAUCAUAUAUUGGAGAUAAAUGACAUCAGUUUGGCAUCCGUCCCUCAUUCCCGGGCCAUCGCUCUGCUACGACAGCCCUCCCUGCUCAGACUUACCGUGAUGCAAGAAAAGGGUUUUAAAAUAAGAGAUCCCAGGUCUGACCUCCAUAGCAACAACCCCUCCACGUCCUCUGCCCCCCAGACCCAGCCCACUCAUGCCAACCCGGGCACAGUGCUGCAGGUCACGCUCAUGAAAACCCACCGAUCUGAACCACUUGGCAUCAAACUCAUCCGAAAGUCAGACGAGAGCGGAGUCUUUAUCCUGGAUUUGCUCUCUGGAGGUUUGGCCGCUAAAGAUGGAAAACUAAGGAACAAUGACAAAGUGUUGGCUAUCAAUGGACAGGACUUAAGGCAUGGCACACCAGAAAGCGCAGCCCAGAUCAUACAGGCCAGUGAGGUGCGCGUGAACUUUGUGGUAAUGAGGGCAGCAGAGAAUUCAGAUGAGGGCCAGUCUGCCAGAGCUCCCAGAAGAGCCCCUGACCCUCAGUACUUUAGACGCCGGUCCACAUUUAUGAAGGACCCUCCAGGUGGCUUUUCUAGCCAAGAGAAAACAGUUAGCAUGAAGAAGGAGCCUCGACUUUCUCUGGGCAUCACUAUUGCUGGAGGCAGAGACUGCCGCAGCCGUCUGCCUGUCUACAUCACCAGUGUACAGCCCGUUGGCUGCCUACAUCGAGAGGGCACUAUCAAAAGAGGUGAUGUCCUGCUCAGUAUCAAUGGAGCGGACUUGACACAGCUGACGUACAAUGAAGCAGUGUCGGUGCUGAAGGCUCAGACUGCCCAGAGCCAGGUGGUUUUGCGGGUCCUCCAGACUCUGUCUGAGGACAGUGAAGAGGAGCUGGACACCAGUAAAGAUGAGCUGGACCUGUCCGAUGACCCCAGAGAGGAUGCUUUAAACUGGACCCCAUUAUGGACUCGCUGGUUAGGCUUACCAAGUCACAUGCACUGGUGCCGAGACAUUGUACUGCACAAGACUAACAAUGAGAGCUGGGGCUUCAGUAUAGUUGGAGGCUAUGAAGAAAGCCAUGGCCAGCAACCAUUCUAUAUAAAAACCAUUGUGCCUGGAACACCUGCUCACUUCGAUGGUCGUCUGAAGUGUGGUGAUGAGAUCGUGGCUGUAAAUGGAGCCACUACGGUGGGAAUGAACAACAGCUCUCUCAUCCCAAUGCUGAAGUUACAAAAGAAUAAAGUGACUCUGACUGUUGUGUCAUGGCCUGGGAGUCUCGUCUAGCAACUGUUCCCUCUGGACAUGUUUUCAGAAAUGUACAGUAUCCAAGGACCUCUCAAAUGAUUCUUUAUCCUCCAAGAUCUAACUGGGAGACCUAUAUUUGCACAAUUUAAAUGAUGUUCUUGGAUGCCAUAAUAAGAUAAAGUAGUUCUAGUAGUUAAGUGACAAUCAACAAAUUAUAUUUUUAAAGAAAGCAAAAGAUUGUGUUUGAAUGCAUUUAGUCCUUUUAGUGAAUACAUUAAUGCAUUUGCUUUUAUGGCUUGGGAUGUACAUGUGUAGCUUUAAUCAAGAGGUAGGUAUACAUUAUUAUAACUGGUUGCAUCAGCUUGCCAAAGUCUGAAGAAACAUAUUUUUUCUUACUAUUACUUAAUGUUAAUUGUAACAUUUAAAACCUCUGUUUGUGUAAAGUGUGCUUUUUGAAGUCAUACGAACAUUUAAGUUUUAAGCACUUGUUUUUCAUUUGGAUAUUUUUACAAGUGAGUGCCUUGUAACACUGAUGAACAUUAAGCUCUAAAAUGCCUUAAAUGACUAAAGUUGCUUGAGAAAUGUUUUUUUUUAAGUGAAGCUUUGUGGCUUUGUCUCUUAAUUUUUGUUUAUUGACACAAACCGCGGCCUUGACCAACAAAGAAAAUUAUUUUUUUUAUGAUAUCAACAAUAUUGUUAGCUGAUCUAAAAUUUUUUAUCUUUAAAUCAAACCUUAACUGCAUUCAUGUAAACUGUUAGAUCUGAAAUGUGGUUGCUUGUAGAUUUUAGGAUAUACUUGUGGAGCUGUGUAUAUAAUCUAAGCAUACAUGAAUAAAACUGACUUCAACAGUA